CUCGUAGAUCACCCCCUGGCUGCGAUGACUCCUCAGAGUGCGGAUAGUGCUAGUGAUAGUGAUAAGCGACGCGUAUAAUAGCGUCUAUUUUGGUGGGCGGCGUGGACCCGUCUUCAUCCAGGAUGUGGUUCAGACAAGCCUGCAGAAGGCUUGUCAAUGCCAGGGCGCACGCUCUUCCUCCUGCUCGGACUCUGUCGACCUCCUCUCGCUCUGCUUUCCGUACUUCUCGACUCUUUCGAAUUGGUUUGGCAAGUGGAGGUGUCCUGACUGCCUCCGUGUUGCUCGGGAAUGCUGUUGGUACCAUUCAUGCUGAUGCUGCCCAUUCUGAGGGCAAGACGGAUUCCGAACGACACAAGACGCCUUUGUCUGCUUUAAUCAGAACUUAUGCGGUGUAUACUAUGUGUUCGAUACCGCCUCUCGUGGACUAUUCGCCGGCCAUCCUUUCUGCGCUGUCCUCGGUACCAGGACUGAAGCAAUUUACGGAGGCAUUCGUCCGGGCGACGUUCUUUAACCAGUUCGUCGGUGGAGACACAGCAGAAGAUGCGGUCCCGGUGAUUGAGAAACUCCGGUCGGACAACAUUGGUAGCCUAUUCGUGUAUAGCGUCGAGGUCGACGAGGCCCAGGCAACGGGUCAAGCGAAACACGACAGGGAGACGGAACAGACUAUGCACAAGCACAUCGUUGCGGAGACUCUUCACUGCAUUGACGUCGCGGCGGAUUUCGAAGACAAGCACUCGGGCAACAAUGGAACAAGCGUGACUGGACGGAAGACUUGGGUUGCGAUCAAGCUGAGCGCUAUGCUACCUCGUCCAGAGACUCUGUACAAUUUCUCGAAACACCUGGUGGCCAGCCGCCCUGCAGCCUCGCCACCGAUCCCAUUCCCUGGCCGGCCGCUCCCCACGGACUUCAAUAUCCUCUCUUCCAAUUUGCCACCGGAUAGCCCUCUCUCGAGCGCAGAUACAGCGGACUUGCAGGAACUGCUUGAGGACCUCCGUUUGAUCGGUGCACGAGCCAAGGCGCGAAACGUACGAAUAACUGUCGAUGCGGAGCACAGUUGGUACCAGCCAGCGAUCGACGCGUUCACGCUUGCCCUGCAACGCGAGUUCAACAAGCUGCCGGCUAAACCGUCGUCAUUCUUUCGUUCAUCUGCGCCGUCCGAGCCAGCCAACGUGCAGCCGUUGAUUUACCAGACAUAUCAGGCAUACCUCCGUCGAACACCCGGAUAUUUGAGACAGAGCAUAGCGGCCGCUCGCACCGGAGGCUACGCACUUGGCGUGAAGCUCGUCCGCGGCGCGUAUCAUUCACAGGAAAUAGUGUCGCACGAAGCUGCCCGCAAUGCCUCUGACCCGUCCUCUAGUCACUCGCUCUCUAUCUCGCCCGACCCGCAACCACCGGUAUGGUCCACCAAGCCCGAGACGGACGCAUGCUACAACGAAAGCGUGGUCAUGCUUCUGCAGCAGGUCAGAAAGGACAUCGACGGCGAGGCACCGCGGAUCGGCGUGUUCUUCGGGACGCACAAUUGGGGGAGCUGUGAUUUGAUCCUCGAUCAGCUGCUCAAACUCGGGAUUGCGAGGAAAGAUGAGACUGGCACGGUGGCCAUGCCUGUGGAAACGACCGAGAGAGUUGCGAUCGGACAGUUGUAUGGAAUGUGUGAUGCAUUGUCGAACUCGCUCGUCGAACGGACGCGCUGCGACUCGCCCUUCGUCCUGAAAUACCUCCCUUAUGGCGCUUUGGCUGAGGUCAUGCCCUAUCUCAGCCGCCGUGCGAUUGAAAACAAAACAGUGCUUGGCAAUGGCGGCGCUGCUGAGGAACGCAAGAGAGCUGGCGCGGAGAUAUGGGCGCGACUAUUUGGUUGAAACACGACACUCUAAGCCAGCAUAAUAUGCAUUAUAAUAGGUACUUAUAGCACGUUGGGCUGUUGCUCGCCUGUCAACCUUCUGGGGUUGUAACUCACCAAUAAUGCAAACAGUAUGUUACUGCUCCGUAUCCCUCAUCGUGUUCGCUCUGUAUCCCUCA